AUGGAAGGGACAAAGUCGUGGAACGAUGCGGAGAUGAUGUCUAGAGUACACAUUGGCAAUACUGCAAGGCUCGAGAAGGAAGACUUGAGACAGGCCUUCGAGCAGUUUGGAACUGUUACAAAUGUCUGGAUUGCCCGGAAUCCUCCUGGCUUUGCGUUCGUAACCUUCUCUACCCCUGAAGAAGCCGAGAAGGCCAUUCGUGAGGGAAACAAUAUGGAAAUUCGUGACGACCGUGUUAGCGUGGAGCUCGCUCAUCCUCGCAGAAGCAGCAGCCGCCGCUACCGAAGCCGUUCCUCGAGCCGCUCUCGCAGUUACAGUCGUCGCCAUCAUCGUCACCAUGGCUCUCGCUCCCGUUCCCGCUCGCGAUCGCGAUCUCGAAGAAGUCGUCGUUACAACUCCCGCUCUUCUUCGCGUUCUCACUCCCGAAGACACAGGUCUUACUCUCGCGGCCGUUCGUCUCGCUCCCACACUCGCUCGCGUACUCGUUCCCGUUCUCGCUCGGAUAGAUACCGUUCUCAUCGUGAUCGGUCUCCAUCGGCCUCUGUUGAUAAACCUGCUGAAUAAGGUGCCUGUGUAUUUCUCUUGGAGGCGCGCAGCAGUUAGUACUUGAUAAGAAGGCAAAUGUUUUCUUU